ACAGUUGACGCACAGCAAUGAGGCAUAUCCGUGGCCAAGCGGCACCGGAACUGAUGUUUCUCCUUCUCGCAAUUCUUGCGCUGUGCAGUGUCUGCCCUUUGUCGCUUGCCUGGAAGCCAAUUGCAGUCUCCUCGGGAUCGGGCAGUGGCAGUGGCAGUGGCAGCAGCAGCACAGCCUCCUACAGCCUAAAGCAAUCCCAUCCGGGAUCGGCUAGUAGCAGUCACGAGCUGGCCACAAGCUUUGCCCAAUUUGGUGCUGGCAAGGACUCGGAGGAAGUCGGCGGCGCAGGCGUAGGAGGCGGCGAGGAUGAACUGCUUCUGGCUCGCUCUGCCAUCGUGAAUGGUGUGGAGCAUUCAUCGUCGCUGGGUCAUCCCAUAACGUUCGGUGACCAUGUGGAGGAUCAGUACGAGUCCUACAGCAUCGAGGAUGAGGCGCAUAAGGAGCCACAGCUAACCUUUACGCGCUCACCGCUCUACGGCUCCGAUCGGUGCAGUGUGAAAAAGUUUGCCUUCAAUCAGGACGGAGAGGUGGAGUACGGGAGUCCGUUGCUGCCCGAGUUGGAUCAGUUUACGCUCUGCUUCUGGAUGCGUUUCACCAAUCACAGCGGGGAUCAUGUCCUCCUGACCUACGAGGCUGGCAAGGAACCGCGAGAGAUACAAAUCUGGGUCGCGAAUGCGCAGAAUUCCAGUUUCCUUUCGAUGGCCAUAAAAGGUCAGCAAAUGUACAGACUCAACUAUCCGCUGAGAAUGCGCAAGUGGCACCACAUGUGCACCUCAUGGAAUGGAAAGACGGGCGAAUGGCAGGCCUGGCUCAAGGCAGAACGCAUUGGGCGUGGCUUCCACAACUCGCUUGUGGGCCAUAAAAUUCCAGCAAAUGGAAAGCUACGCUCUGGCGGCAACUCCGUCACCGGCGACGUCAGCCACGGCCUGCACUUCGAGAUGACAAUGGUCCAGGUCUAUCGCGUGGCCCUCAGUGCCGGCAAGGCCCACCGUGACCACAAGCAUCAUCACGUGCAUCAUUUCGAUCAUGAAGGCCAGGAGGUAUCCAGCACAGUGCGUCCUCCGCCCAUAAUCAAUCGACCACAGCCAAUGCACACGCUGCUGGCCAGUGGCCAGAUACCCACACGUUUGCGCAUCAAUCUGGCCAAUCCACCGAGCGACGGAGCCGCUGCGCCGGCUCCUGGAUCCGAUGCAGCACAGCAGCAGCAGCAGCAGGCCUUUACAUUCAACACAAACUUUGUGAACGGCCAGAUCAAUGCGGGAUCUCGUCUGGUGGCACAGCAACUGCUGGGUCUUCCCUCAAAGAAUGGCAUUCCGCAGCAGCAGCUGCAGUCCACGGGCAGUCGCUUCCAAAUGCUAAGCAAUUCGGCGAAUGUUCAGUUCAUCGACGAGACAGAGACUCACAUACAGUUCAAGCGAGCAGCAGCAGCAGCAGCAGGAACAGGAGCAGCAGCAGCAGCAGAUGAGAAGAAGCUGAAGAAGCGCGGACUGGUGCUGCUGGACGAUGGUUCCGUGGUCGAUGAUGGCACAGACACCGGCGAUGCCGGCGAGAUCUACAACGGACUCGCCGACUUCGGCGGCCAGCAAUUCAAGCAGGAGCUGACCCUCAAGAUGAGCCUCGAGGAGGAGAUCAGCACGCACGAUCGGGAGCCCGCCGAGGAGGAGGUGAAGGCCGUCAUGGCCAUAUGCAGCAGCUGUCAUGCAGAGCCCUUCCAGGGUGCCAUUGUCUUUGCGUGGAAGGAGAUGCAGGAGCACAUGAAUAAUGCACUCAAGGGCCUCAGCGUGGGCACCUGCGGCAACUUUUAGUUGCAGUCCCUAGCUAAGU